ACCUCGCAGUUCACAACAUCCACACCAGUCACCGCACAUCCCCACUGUACAAUCAGCACGGAUGCAUUAAGACAAACCCCACACUCAUCCCCCACCUUUCUUUUCUUUUCUUUUUUCCUUUUUUGUGGGGGUCGACACCUGCUCUCCAAAACUGCUUGACCUCCUCAGAAAAGCGGACCUAAGAUUGCCCUCAGAAUUUGGUGCUAGAUUUUGACAAUGGGGAUCAAGACAGCCCUUCCUAAGAUUGAGCUCUACCUCUACACCUCUGUCCUCGCACUAGCUCUUUUAUGGGCGGGCAGCUGGAUCAUAGAGGCAUCAAGUGAUAAUGUAAACAGGAAGACCUUUAAGGAGACUGUAAAACCAGGAUGGCACUACUUUGGAAGAAAAAUGGAUGUGACUGACUUUGAGUGGGCAAUGUGGUUCACUGCUUUCCGCAACCACAUCCUGUUUGCCCUCUCUGGCCAUGUAAUCUUUGCCAAAAUCUGCUCCAUGAUUUCUCCCAAGAUUGGUAGAAAUGGAUUUAAGAACAGGUCGCUGAUCUACAUGCUCUAUGGCUGCUUGACCGUGCUCAUCAUUAUGGGCUGGACAUACGUCUCUCUCAUCCUGUCCCACUGCAUCAUCCUCUACAGUGUGGCCCUCAUGAAGAGAAAGUGGCUCUGCUUUGUGGCUGGACUCACCAGUUUGGCAACGUUCAAGAUGGAGCCCUUCAACUCCUGGCAGGCUGGUUUUGUGACUGGCACUUUUGAGCUUCAGGAUAUCCUGUUCUAUGGAGGCUGUGGAUUCUCCAUCAUGCGCUGCAUGAGUUUUGCCCUGGAGAACUGUGAGAAGAAGGAUGGCAAUUAUACCUUCAUGGAUUUGAUUAAGUACAACUUCUACCUCCCCUUCUUCUUCUUCGGACCCAUCAUGACUUUUGAUCGAUUCCACGUCCAGGCUAAUGACCCCAACUUGACUCGUAAACCUAGAGAAAUGUGGAACAUAACCAUCCAUGCUUUGGUGCACCUGGGAUCCAUCUUAGUGGUGGAUGUGUUCUUGCAUUACCUGUAUAUUUUGACCAUCCCAAGUGACAUGAAGCUGGUGAAAGAGCUCUCUGACUGGUCUUUGGCUGGUUUAGCCUAUUCAAACCUUGUGUAUGACUGGGUGAAAUCAGCAGUCAUGUUUGGUGUUAUCAACACCGUGUCACAACUUGAUCACCUGGACCCUCCCCAGCCUCCUAAAUGUAUCACCAUGCUGUAUGUCUUUGCUGAAACGCACUUUGACAGAGGAAUUAAUGACUGGUUGUGCAAGUACGUCUAUGACUACAUUGGAGGCAAUCAUGAUGGAAUCUUCAAGGAGCUGGUUGCCACAAUCUCUACAUUUGCUGUUACAACUCUGUGGCUCGGACCCUGUGAACUGGUCUAUAUUUGGUCUUUCUUCAACUGCUUUGGCCUGAACUUUGAGCUGUGGGUGGCUAAGCUCUUUGCUCUGCCACCUUUGUCGACUAUUGAGGGUGUUAUGUCUGAGGCGAUGUCACGCCGCAUCAGGGGAUUGUUCAAUGCUGUCAACUUCUGGCAAAUUAUCCUUUAUAAUGUCCUCGCCCUGAACAGCCUUGAUUUUGCUAAGCUGGUGGCCAAGAGACUGCUUUUCAAGGGUUUCCCUCUGUCCACUCUUUCGGUGCUCUUUGUGACCUAUUGCGGCAUCCAGCUGGUGAAGGAGCGAGAGAGAAAACUGGCUCUGCUGGAGGAGCCGGAACCGUCAGAGCCUGGCAAACCCAAAACUGAUUAAACAAGUGCAAAGUGACGGUUCACUGAGUCCAAGCUUCCAUACCAAACCAUAGCAGCCCCCGUCGCCAUGGCCACUGCUGAGCACAAGCCUGUUUUUUUAAGCACAAGGCGUUUUUAACUGUGAAAAGUCCUCAAGUGCACUUGCUGUGUAGAUGCCAACUGCCCUUUACCACAGACUCUCACAUUCAAACACUGAAACCAAGUGCAUUUUUUUAUUUAAUUCAUUUUAUUUAAAACUAUAUUGGAUCUUCAGAGAAUGGGCUUGCCAAAUAUUUUAUGCAGAUGUAAUAUAUAAAACCAUUAAAGCCAGAAAUGCCUUUUGUGUUUGUCUGUUGUUGUUCUCCUCAUGAAAUUUGGUUUAACCUAAUGUACAAAUUAAAAAUCAAUUAUUUGGGCAUUUUUCAUGGAGGCCCUGUUUGAAAAGCAGCAUCACUAAAAAGGGGGAAAAUAGCAGAAACUACACAAAUGGGUUUUAGCCUGUGAACUACAGUUACCCUUGUUAUCCUCAGUGAGAGGAUUAACUGACAGUUUUGUAUUAUUCUGUCACAUGACACAAUAUGGACAAAUGUGUCCGUGAGAGUGCCCUACAUCAGACUGCGGGUACCGCAGGGGAAACAGGGUCAGUGAAUAAGCCUGUAACCUGCACCGGCUACAGAUAUUUUGGCUGUGCCAUAGUACAAAUGUAUGAUGUGGUCUUCAUAAUCUAGAGAAAUCUAAAUCUCAUAGCUCACCAAAACUAUCACCAUCAGAUAUAUAUAAUUUUAUGAGAGAGAGGAGAAAAUCAAGCUGCUUCAGAUCUGAAAAUAUCCACAGGUGUUUCUGACCAUCUGUCACUAUGGGAACACAACACUAUGGGUCUGAAAGGGAACUCAGAAAUGGACAAAAAGAUAAAAGUUAAAAUAACAGACAAAAAAUGAAAAUUGAACACAAGAAGGCUCCUGGUGUUUUCAGAACAACGGACUGACCAUCAUAGGGUCUACACCAUUGCACAUGUUUGUGUUUACUUUUGUUUGGAUUAUAAGAAGCAGAAAAUGCAACCGACUUCUAAGACUGAACUGAAAAAUAUUCCAGCAGAUUUAUUUGAAAAGCUGAAGGCAUGUGUCUAAAUGCUGAAUAAAUUCAUAUUAAAUGUAUUGAAA